AUGUCUGAAGCACCUAGGAUCCCAGACGAACAAUGGGAAGUCCACAAAGACGUGAUAAAGUCACUGUAUCUUGAACAGAACAAAACCAUCAAAGACAUCGAGAAGUUCAUGGGCGAAAACCAUCAGUUCUACGCUACAGAGAAACAAUAUAUUCGCAAAGUAACAGUCAAUUGGAAACUCCGAAAGAAUACCACCAAGGAAGAAUGGAAGCAAGCUAGUGCAUUGGUCUUGAAGCGCAAAGCUGAAGGCAAACCUACCCAGCUCACUAUCCAUGGCAAGAUCAUAUCAGAAAAGAAGAGGAAGAAGGAAAUCGGGAGGUACGCUCCAAAUAACCUUUCCGGAAGUCCUUCAUUCAGACUCCACGAAACAGUUUCUGCUCAGACACCCCCGACAGCCAAACAAAACAUUACGCACUCUACCUUACCAUGGUUCAAUCUCGAAGAUCGGCUUCAUAGUUCUGCACCUCAAGAUGGGGUAAACCCACCAACGUUGAAUGGAAGCAUUGAAUCCAUUCAACGUUCGAUCUCAUCUUCCUCGCUAUAUGAGAACCAAGUCUCCGUACUGGCCAUCUCUUGCGGAUUCUUGCAUGACCUAAAGCAGGCGCUCUCUACCGAGGGAUCGACGAUGAAGUUGUUCUCGGCAGCUCUAUUGUCCGCUGCCCUCGAUAUUCCCGACAAGAAUGGUUUCCAGCUCGUCCGAUACCUACUACAAUAA